CCGGCUUCUAUCGACUUUCCUCCCCUAAGCGUAACGACUAAGAUUAAGAUAGCAAGCCUAUCCGAUAUAAUUAUUAUAACUAAUAACGAGGAAUUGCUAAGCCUCGAGCUAGUAGUCGAUAAUAAGACGGAAACGAUACUAUUACGUAAACGUAAAAGAACUAAAACGAAGGAGCUAUCUAUAUUAGACAACGCCUUUAAGGAGCUCUGA